CUAAUCGUCAUCGAACUUUCCAGAACCUCAAACCAGAACCUACAAGAACCCUCUAGUCCCCACUACCACACAAACCCCUCUUUUAUAAAGCCCUAAAAACUCAAAAUCCUUAAUCCCUUCACUCAAAUUCUUCUUCAGAUUUCUUCAAAUAAAUUCCUGUAAGUCAGCAGCCAUGGCUGAUGAAGCUAAGGCCAAAGGUAACGCAGCUUUCUCCGCCGGCAAUUUCACCGACGCUAUUAACCAUUUCACUGAAGCCAUCAAUCUUGCUCCCACCAAUCAUGUUCUUUACUCUAACCGAUCUGCUGCAUACGCUUCAUUAGGGAAAUAUUCCGAUGCUUUAUCCGAUGCACAGAAAACAGUUGACCUAAAACCCGAUUGGGCGAAAGGGUAUUCUCGUUUGGGUGCCGCACAUUCUGGACUUCACCAUUAUGAAGAUGCGGUUUCUGCUUACAAGAAGGGGCUUGAGAUUGAUCCGACUAAUGAGGGUUUAAAAUCGGGUCUUGCUGAUGCUCAAUCAGCUCAGGCUCGAUCUCGAGGUCCGGCGGUUCCGCCCAGCCCGUUUGGUGAUGCGUUUUCCGGUCCGGAGAUGUGGACUAAGUUGACUGCGGAUGCGAGUACAAGGGGUUAUUUGCAACAGCCUGAUUUUGUUAACAUGAUGAAGGAUAUUCAGAAGAACCCGAGUAAUUUGAACCUUUAUUUGAAGGAUCAGAGGGUAAUGCAAGCACUUGGAGUUUUGUUAGGUGUGAAAUUGUCGACGAGGAUGCCAGAGGAGGACGAUGAGAUGCCGGAAGCUUCAACGGAGAGGAAGAGACCAGCAGAUACGGAGCAUGUGAAGGAGGAGAAGCGUCCCGAGCCUGAACCAGAGCCGGAGCCAAUGGAAGUGUCUGAGGAGGAGAAGGAAAUUAAAGAGAAGAAAGCGAAAGCACAGAAGGAGAAAGAGGCGGGUAAUGCAGCUUACAAAAAGAAGGAUUUUGAGACUGCAAUUCAGCACUACACUAAGGCUAUUGAGCUUGAUGAUGGAGACAUAUCCUUUAUUACUAACCGCGCUGCUGUCUACUUGGAGAUGGGAAAGUAUGAGGAAUGCAUAAAAGAUUGUGACACAGCUGUUGAAAGAGGGCGAGAGCUAAGGUCCGACUAUAAGAUGAUCGCAAGGGCUCUGACUCGCAAGGGAACUGCCUUGGCAAAGUUGGCUAAAAGUUCAAAGGAUUUUGAAGCUGCAAUUGAGGUUUUCCAGAAAGCUCUGACCGAGCAUCGCAACCCGGAUACCCUUAAGAAACUGAAUGAAGCUGAGAGGGCGAAAAAGGAAUUGGAGCAGCAAGAGUAUUUCAAUCCACAAAUAGCAGACGAAGAGCGUGAGAAAGGAAAUCAGUUAUUCAAGGAGAUGAAGUAUCCAGAAGCAGUUAAACAUUAUACUGAAUCCAUAAAGAGGAAUCCCAAAGACCCGAAGGCUUAUAGCAACCGGGCUGCCUGCUACACCAAGCUAGGUGCAUUACCCGAGGGGCUCAAGGAUGCUGAGAAGUGCAUUGAGCUUGACCCAACAUUUGUAAAGGGUUACACCAGGAAGGGUGCUGUUCAGUUUUUCAUGAAAGAGUAUGAAAAAGCUUUGAAAACUUACCAGGAAGGAUUGAAGCUUGAUCCUCAGAAUCAGGAACUCCUAGAUGGUGUUAAGAGAUGUGUUGAGCAAAUAAACAAGGCAAGUCGUGGAGAUCUGACUCCAGAGGAGCUCAAAGAAAGACAGGCUAAGGGGAUGCAAGAUCCAGAAAUUCAAAACAUCCUUACGGACCCAGUAAUGAGACAGGUGCUAAGUGACUUCCAGGAGAACCCAAAAGCUGCACAAGAUCAUAUGAAGAACCCUCUUGUAAUGGACAAGAUCCAGAAAUUGAUUAAUGCAGGAAUUGUCCAAGUUAGAUAAGUAGCAAUACUUACAACUCACCAGCUUUGGACUAUCCAUUCUUUUUUUCCAUCCUUUGUUUACUUAAAAUUGUUCUUCACUUUGAACUCCUAUUCACUUUCGAAGUGUAACGUCGCACAGUGUUUGGGUUUCUUAUCUCUUCUUUUGUGGUAAACUUUUAAGAUUUUGUAACUUGUUUUCCUUGGAGGGUCAGAAAGAAAGAAAGGAUUGCUGGCACGUUUAUGUCUUAA